AUGUUCAGAAGCUCAGCCCUUAUAAGACCAUUUACCGCAUCUAACCAUACAGCAAGAUGGUUUUCAAGCACUGCAUUCAAUUCACAAAAGAUCACUCUAACCUUAUUUGCAAAAGACGGGUGCAGUUUAUGUGACAAAGCUAAAGUGGUUGUUGAGGAAGUCAGAGAUAAUGAAACAAUGGCCAAUAAGUUCAAUCUUCAAUAUGUUGAUAUAACCCAACCUUUAAACAAGCAAUGGUGGGAUGCUUAUUGCUUUGACGUUCCUGUUUUACAUGUUGAUAGAACCAACCAAGAAGAUCCAGUUAAAUUUAUGCAUUAUUUGAAUAGUGAAAAGAUAAUAGAGGAGAUCAACAAAUAA